AUGCCGUUUCACGUUCAGCUGGAUGUUUUUAGUCCCGAAAUAGUGAUUAACUUCACGGAAGCUCACAUUAAGCUUAUAACAAAACUGAUGGGUACUUUUCAAAGCUACUCGUUUGACGAACACAAACCGGACAAAACCGAAACGACUGACAUAAAUCUAGAACCAGAAGUAUAUGAUGAGUUAUUGGAAAAUCGAACAAAUGAAGGUUGGGCCGAUUGGAUGAAAACAUGGAUUUAUAAUACGUGUGAUAUAACUACGAUCGAAAACCAAACUCUAAAAAUAGGACUUUACAUAAAUUCCUUUCAAAUUAUACCAAAAAUUGAAACAGGAAAAGUAUUAAGGAGUUACAAACCGUUGAUAAAAAUAUCCUUUAACGGGUUGAUGGCAGAAAUUAAUAAGAUUGAUUCUGGUAGUUUAUUGGAUAUUAAGUUCGGUGUCAGUAAAACUACUAUAGAUUCAGAAAGUGAUUGUACUUGUACACUUCAAGAUUGUUAUAAUAAACCUCACGUGUUAUCGGGCAAAGAACUUAACGAAUAUUUGGCUCAUUCAUUAUUCAAACGAGUUGGUGGUAUUGAGAAUAUAGUUUAUUCUUUAGACGAAGAUUUUAAAGACAAUUCAAUUUUAAAGAGAACACCGUCUUUUGGUUUCGAUUAUGUGUACCGUGAAAAGUAA